AACACAGUGAGCCACGUUAUAAGCAAACCGCAGACGACGUGGCAACAACAAGCGUGCAGUGUGCGUGGCAUUUUCAGUUUUCAAUGUCUUCGAGGAAGAAAUAAAGAGUUUAAAUAUCGUCUCUUGAGAUAAUCGAGUUCACUCCCAACGGAUCUAGCCAAGUUGACGUAGCACCAUAUCAUUGUGUACUGCUGUGUUAUUGCUACUCUUGGAUUAUUUCCACGAGUGGCGAACGGACCGGGUGUCGAACCGGUUCCAUUUUGCAUAGAAUGCCAAAGCGUCGCGUGCGAUCAAGCACCAGUUUACCUAUGAAUUCAAGCUGUUUCCUUUGCAAUAUAGAGAUUCCUGGGGACUCUAAAGAUCUCUUCGAACAUUUUCGUUCAGUUCACUUUAUAACAACAGAGCCACCCAAGGAAAAUCCACCAUUUGAGCAGAAUCAAACACAGCAGCAUUGCCACGAUUUAGAAGAACUGACAUUCAGUGACAUAGCCAUGGAAUGUGAUAUUGAUUUACCACUUGAUAAUGAUGUAUCAAGAUGGACUUCAGAAGAUGUUGCAAGAAAACUGCGAAUGGAAGGUUUCGAUUUGUUAGUAGUUGAGCGGUUUAGAGAUGAAGAUAUUGAUGGGCCCAGUCUCAUGACUCUUACGAGAGAGGACUUGAACGAGCUCAAGCUUAAACUAGGCCACAAAAAGAAGAUGGAAAGAUUAAUUCAGACUCUCCAAAAACCAGCUGUUGUCCAAGAGCCACCGUUAACUCCAGCUCCACCUGCACAACCUGCACAGCACUCACAACCACCAUCAAAUGCAACAACAGAAAGUUUUUCAGUCUUGGUGCAGCACCCAAUAUACACAACAUCUCACAGCAUUCAAGAAUCCUCAUCAAAUACUGCAGAAUCUCUAGUGAACAUUCCAGAAUCUCAAGCAAAUGUUGCAGUAUCUCCAACAAAUAUUUCAGUAUCUCCAACAACUAUUCCAAUAUAUUCAACCAUUGCUCCAGUAUCCUCAGCAAUUGCUCCGGUGUCCACAGCCAUCACACCGGCAUCCACAGCUAUUGCCCCUGUAUGUUCAGCCAUUGCUCCAGUGUCUUCAACAGUUGUGCCAGUACUUUCAGUGACUGUUCCACCCUCACAAGAGUUUGUUUCGAUUCAACAACAGCCUACUGUGAUUUCAAAAGUUCACAUGCAACAGCUUCCAAACAUUGAUAGCUCCAGUUCACCACAGAGAUCUGAAAAGACCAUGUUCAACGUUACCGAAAUGGUCCUUGCAAGUAGCAAAGGGAGAGCUGUUUACGAGGAAUAUUUGGCACGUGACAAGGCUUUUCUUACAGUACCUGAACGUCGGACAAUUGUGUGUGUGGUGGUUGAGGCCAUGGUAAACGAGCAUGGGCUAUACCCGACAACGCAAGAGAAGGACAUGCUGGCGGCUGCUAUUAUCCAAGCGUUCCCUUGUUUAGGCAUUCGAGACGGAAACAAUCUCAUCCACAGCCACUACUACCAUGCGAAAUCCGGGGGAUUCAUAGAGACACUGCUGAAGACGUUGCGCAAGAAGCAGCCUGAAUGUCGCAAGAGGAAAAUCAGUAUGAAACAAAAAAUUCACAGGAAAAUUCCUCGAGGAUUUAUAGACGAAGUCGGGCCAGAGUUGGAAGCUGAAGAAAUUCAGAUGCACGAAUUUAUGGUACGUUUACUGAAAAGUCUAAUCCCGACGCCAAGUAACGCUGAGCAGAUCAACGAUGCCAUGGAAUCAACGUAUCCAUUUCGACAGUAUCAAAUGAAGAGAAACCUGAAAACUCCGGGCCUUGUUCUGGCGGAGUAUCCUCGCAUGAUGGAUUUCAACAACGGUCUCUUGAUUUACGAUGAUUUUAGGAGGAAAUACCCCAUGGCCGGUGAAAUCGAGCAAAGUUUUGUAGAACCUUACGCCGACCGGCUCAUUCGUCUUGCCGAAAAAGAACUCGAAUCUCUUCCGUUUUGCAAUAACGAAUUUCUCCGGUUAUUACUCAUUUGCAUUUUAGUAAUGCCAGAAAUAAAAAAAAUCCGCAAAAACUCAACCGAUGAAAAAAUUCAUCAACUUGUGAUAUUCGUAUCUGAGAAUCGUAAUCUUCAAGAAUUAGUUGCCCUCCGUUCACGAGACCAAACAAAGAGUUCGCACCCGUACCUGGUAGGCGUCGGAACGAUGAGUGACCCAGUGUACUUCAACCUGGUCAUCGAUGGCAACAUAAUUCCUUGUGGCGAUGAUUCCGUCACGGCCUUCAAGAAUCUGUUUGCAUCCUACUUUGUUUUCCAGCUGCAUUAUCCCGUCCUCAUCAAACCUCUUUUGAAAUUUUUCGAAGAAAGAGUUUUUAGACUCACUCCCACCAUGACUGCGACGACCGCCGAUUUCGUGGCGCGAUUAGAGUCGAUUCCGCGGUGAGAUUCACUAAGAUAUUCGCAUACCUCGUUUAUUGAUCUGACACAGCGUUUUGUUAUUCCCGUGCUAUGUAUUUUCUAAUAAUAUUUUCCUGGUUUUCUGGUAAUCUUUACGACGACGUGUGAUUUUCUUCAACGCCUAUUUUUAUUUUGUUACAAUCAAAGAGUAAACUAGACAAAUGUGAUUAAGAUAGUGCUACCCCAGAAAUUGCUAAAUUGUAUGCAUCAUAUUUUUUGUGUUACAGCGAUGAAGCCCUUGAAACAUUAUGUUUAACCUCAAUUUUUUACCUCAUUCCAUGAAAAAGAUAAUCAAAAAAAUGACGUUUAACGUGAUUGACAAGGUUCGCCUUUGAACAUUGCUACGAGGCUAAGAGAAAGGAACAAGAAUAAAUAGAUUUCUCUAGUGCAGUCGUUUAACCUUGUCGUUUUUAAAUUGUUGAAAUAAACUGGAUUUCCCAUUUGA